AUGACGUCUGAUCAACAGAAUGGAAAAUCUCCAAUUCUGCCAAGAUCCCCAAUGAACAAUGAAGAAAACAAAAACAACACCAACAAGUUUAGGAGAACAAACAUUAAUUCUCUUUGUUUCUUCAAUUUCAAUCGGUUCCAUUAUUGUGUUUUGUUAUGUUGGCUAUUUGGAAUUUUCUUCGCAACCCAAAUGAUUUUUUCCGUAUUUUCAAAUUAUAUACCAAAAUGGAAAUGUUUAUUAAAUAAUACUUCAAAUUUUGCUAGAAAUUGUACAAUAUAUCAAAAAUGUCCUGAGAAUCUGAUACAAUUUGAAGAGAAUAUACCUUUUCAUUCAGCGGCAAUGGAAUUUGGUUGGAUUUGUGGGGCUAAUGCAUAUAAUCGAGCUUUAUUCAGCCAAAUUCAAUUUGCUGGCGUGCUUAUUGGCACUUUAACUUUUGGAGCAAUAUCAGAUGCAUUUGGUCGUAAACCUGUUUCUAUUUUUGCUUUAACUGUUGGAAUUUCUUCAAUGUUUGCUACUGCAUUUGCACCCAAUUGGCAUUUCUUAUUAGCUUGUCGUUUUAUUCUUGGCCUCUGUAUUGGAGGAGAUUUGGUUGUUGUAUAUACUUUUGUAAUGGAACAAUUAUUACCAACUCAAAGGAUGGCUAUUAGGGGAUUCUUUAAUUGGGGAGUUGCUCGUCUAAUAUUUACCUUGAUCUGUAUGUUCUUCCCUGAUUGGCGUUCCUCAAGUAUCGCUUGUGCUAUAUUUUCAAUGCCUGCCCUAAUUAUUAUAAUAUUUUUAAUGCCUGAAAGUCCAACUUGGCUCGUAUAUUUUAAAAUAUUUUUCAAAAUUUUAAAAAAUAUUUUAAAGCAUAGUAAAGGUCGUCUUGAACAAAUGCGAAUAAAUGAAAGAAAAAUUGCCCGGUUAGCAGGUCUCCCACCAACAAUUAAAUUACCUGAACAUGAAAAAUUAUAUCCAAAGGAAAAUUCUUUUUGGAAUUUAAUCAAAGAUAAAACUCUUUUGAGACGUGUUUCGGUUCUUUGGGUUAUGUUCACAGCAGCAAUUUCAGGAUAUUCUAUAGAUUUAAAUAGCUCAAAUAUUAGUGGCGAUCUUUUUCUUAAUCAAAGCCUUCUUUCAUCAAUUUGUGCAAUUUCUAAAAUAUGUCUUGUUAUAGUAGAUACAAUAUUUCCAAGGUUCUCACGCCGUAAUCUUCAUCAAGGAGCACAAUUUGUAGUAAUUAUUUCUGCAUCCCUUUUAGUCCUUUUUGUUUUAUAUGAUCAUGAUGGAAUUGGAAUUCUUUUGGCUAAUUUAAUUGGAAUAACCUUUAUUGAAUUAACUUGGUUUUAUUUUGUGUUUUUAAUAACGUUGUACAACCAUCUCUGUAAAAGGAAACACGGCCCGAGGAUUAGCAGAGAAUUCUCUUUCUCUUACAAUUCUCUUUCUCGUCUCUUUCUUUGUUAG